UAGUCUCAGGUUAAUAUGUAAACUUCUGCACUUUUCGGUUUUAGUCUUACUCCUAAGCCUUACUAUUCAAAAUUGAAUGUUAAAAGUUCCCGCGAUUCCGUUUUAAGUCAUGGUGUCUAUGGGACGUCAUCUCUCACAGUCUCUAGUGUACCAGCUAAAGCAGUCCACUUGGAACCGAUUCUUCUUAAAGUCCCACACUAAUUUGCACUACUUGGGACAACCAAGGUUUCUCGGCCACAAACCCAGCACAUAUGAUGGUUUAAAUUCAAAAAAUCUAAUUAAAACCAAUGAUCUAUGCAUGAGCUUUGAAAGAAACUUGACAAUGAACAGUGAUCAAACACAAUCGCAAGCCCACAGGACCUACAGACCAUAUCAAUUGAAGAUCCGUGCUUUUAAAAUAGCCCUGAACCAACGACGAUCGUUUAGCAAAGAGUGCGAAGAAGAUGAAUGCUAUUGCAAAAAGCUGGAGGACGAGAACUGCGCUCUGGAACCCUUACCAAAAGCAAAGCCCAAAAAGAAAUGCUCAAGGAUAUCCAGGAAGAGGAAGCACUUACUCGAGCAAAAGAAAAAAUCAGAGGAGGCAAAAGCACCUCCAGAGUCGAAAUGUGAACAAAAUUUAGACGAAGCUGUUGACGAGCUAAAGUACAGUUGCAUGCUGGCUUCCGAGAAGAAAGACUGCGAGCGCAAGCAGUACAAGGCGCUCUGUGAAGAAUUGCGAAAGUCAAAGCCACAGGGUGAUCCCAAGUCCGUAGAUUCACUUGUAAAGUGCAUGCUUUCUGGCAUAAAGAAGGCGUGUACUGUGCACGCCGAGAAGCUUGUCUACCAGCAGAAGUUCGCUGAACAAAUUGCGGCUGAGGAGGCAGAGAGAAAGGAAAGGGAAAAGAAAGAGGGAAAGCCGCUAGACUGUACUAAGCCAAGUGAGGAUGACGAAAUUGGCGCAAAGAACAAGGCUGAGAAGAAAAAGGCCAAGGAGAGAGCCCACCUAAAAAAAUUACUCAAGGAAAUAAAGGCCAAGUGCAAGAAACAGCGCCAAGAAGCUGAGCGUAAAAAGAAAGAGGAUGAGGAGCUCAAUAAGAAAUGCAAAGAAGCAGCUGCUAAGAAGAAAUGUGAAGCACUGGAGGCUAAAAAGAAAUGUGAGGAAGCGGCUGCUAAAAAGAAAUGCGAAGAAGCGGCGGCCAAAAAGAAAUGUGAAGAUGCGGCGGCCAAAAAGAAAUGUGAAGAAGCGGCGGCUAAAAAGAAAUGCGAAGAGGCCGCGGCAAAAAAGAAAUGUGAAGAAGCAGCAGCCAAAAAGAAGUGCGAGAAAGCAGCAUCAAAAAAUAAAUGCGCGAAAGCACCACCGAAAAAUAAAUGCGAAUCAGCGGCCAAAAACCAAUGUAAAGAGGCAGAGGCAAAAAAGAAAUGCGAGGAAGCCCAAGCUAAAAAGAAAUGUGAAGAAGCGGCAUCUAAAAAGAAAUGUGAAGAAGCUGCUAAAAAGAAAAGCGGAGUAAACGAUGCAGCUGUGAAAGAGUGUGAGGCAGAUAAAAAGAAAAAAGCUGAAGAGGCAGAGAAAAAAAAGAAAAGCGAAGAAGCCGCGCUUCAGAAGAAAUGUGCGGAGGCCAAGAAGAAUAAGUCAUGUGAAGCCGAAAAACAGAAAAGUUCUGAAGAAUCCGAACGGAAGAAAGACUGCGAUCUAGCCAAAUUCAAAAAAAGAUGUGAGGAGCUGAAGAAAAAGAUUGAAGAGGCAAAAUGCGAAGAAAAGAAAUACAAGUAGCCAUCCAUAGCAAUUUAUUGCCAUCCAAACGAAAAGCUUUACGGAGACGUGGGAGAUGAAGUCCCUAUCUUUAAAAUAUUUAAGCUGUAAUAAAGUUGAAUAUAUGAUAUCGUUGCCUAAAAAA